GAGGGAGAAAUCAGAAAAUAAGUUGCAGGUUAUCCAAAGCUGUACGAGCAUCUCUGCUCUAUCAGCUUGCCGAUCUAUCAGUUGUUCCUCUUCCAGAACUCUCUAUGUGGUGAGCCAAUUUAUGAUGGCAGACUUACCUCGUCAUGUCGUUCAUUGCUUGUACAGUGGGAAACUUGCAUUUUUAGCAAUUUUGGUCUCUGCAGGAAUUGUAUUGCAAAUUCUGGCAUGUGCUUUGUAUAAUAAUUGGUGGCCAAUGUUAACAGUAUUAAUGUACAUACUUCUUCCCAUGCCUUUGAUGUUUCUUGCUGGGUCUGAUACCUCCUCUCUUUUUUCUGAGAGUGAGAAUAGCUGGGUGGAUGCUUCUAAGUUCUUGACAGGGGCCUCUGUAGUUGGAAGCAUUGCAAUACCAUCUAUAUUAAAGCAUGCUGAUAUUAUUGGUUGGGAAGCUCUUGCAAUGGAGAUCUCAUCCUUUCUUGUCUUCUUGAUCGCCAUAGGCUGUUUCGUUCAAAUGAACAAUGAAGAUGAUUACAGCAGGUUCUGAGAUGCACUAUGAUCCCCAACUUAUUUAUAUAUGGAGUUGCCAUUGUCUAUUCUAUCACACAAGUCGUGUCUUUCACUGAUUUGUAUCAUUGUUGUGUAACCAUUUGUGCUCCACAAAGGGAGGAGAAAAUUAUGUUACUGAUUGAAUGAAAUUUGUUUUCUUAGUAUAAAA